AUGCUCCCUUCCCAGACCUAUGUCAACAUCUCCUUCCAGCCACAUGCCUUCCUGAUGAUUGGCAUCCCAGGGCAUGAGGCUGUUCAUGGAUGGAUCUCUAUCCCCUUCUCCUCCAUGUACACUGUGGCCCUCACUGGAAACUGCCUGAUCCUCUUGGCUGUGAGGAAGACUCCCAGCCUGCACCAGCCCAUGUACUACUUCUUGUCCAUGCUGGCCCUCACCGACGUGGGCCUCACCCUGUCCACACUGCCCACCACCUUGGCUGUGCUCUGGUUUGGCCACAGGCUCAUAGGCUUCAAUCCCUGCCUGGUCCAGAUGUUCUUCCUCCAUUCCUUCUCUGUGGUGGAGUCGUCAGUGCUCCUGGCCAUGUCAUUUGACCGCUUUGUGGCCAUCUCGAACCCCCUUCGCUAUGCAACUGUCCUCACCAAUAAUGUUAUCAGGAUCGGGAUCGCCAUUGUUACUCGGGCCACUGUAUCCCUCUUUCCAGGGCCCUUCUUACUGAAGCGACUGAACUUUUGUCCUGGCAAGAUUCUCCUGUCCCACUCCUUCUGUUUCCAUGCAGAUGUCAUGAAAUAGGCCUGUGCUGACAUUACUGUCAACAUCCUCUAUGGGCUCUAUGUAGUUUUAUCCACAGUGGGUGUAGAUUCUUUGCUUAUUUUCUUGUCCUAUACCCUUAUUCUUCGUACAGUGAUGGGUCUGGCCUCUCCGAGGGAGCGUGUCCGGGCCCUCAACACAUGUGUUUCUCAUAUAUUAGCUGUUCUGAUUUUCUACAUCCCAGUCAUAGGAGUGUCAAUGAUCCACCGUUUUGGCAGGCACCUGCCUCACAUUGUACAUGCUCUUAUUGCCUAUGUGUACCUGGUGGUGCCCCCUGUGCUCAACCCCAUUAUUUACAGUGUGAAAUCCAAGCCCAUCAGGGAGGCCAUGCUCAGAUUACUGAGAGAGAAGAGGCAAGGCUGA